ACCUUCACAGCCCCUUCUCUAAAAGCAGCUCCCUCUCCCUCCGUGGGUGUUGAGAAAUAGAGAGCUGUGCAAGAAAGAGAGAGAGAGAGAGAGAGAGAGAGAGAGAGAGAGAGAUGGGGAGGGGGAAGAUAGAGAUCAAGAAGAUAGAAAAUCCUACUAACCGGCAGGUCACCUACUCCAAGAGGAGGACGGGGAUCAUGAAGAAGGCUAAGGAGCUGACGGUGCUUUGCGAUGCCGAGGUCUCGCUUAUCAUGUUCUCCAGCACCGGCAAGUUCUCCGAGUACUGCAGCCCCUCAACCGACACCAAGAGGAUAUUUGAUCGCUACCAGCAAGUCUCCGGGAUCAACUUGUGGGGCGCCCAAUACGAGAAAAUGCAAAAUACUUUGAACCAUCUGAAGGAGAUCAACCGAAACCUCCGCAGAGAAAUAAGGCAGAGGAUGGGGGAAGAUCUCGAUGGUUUGGACAUCAACGAACUGCGCGGUCUUGAGCAAAAUUUGGAUGAGGCUUUGAAGGUUGUUCGUCAAAGAAAAUAUCAUGUGAUCACCACGCAGACGGAUACUUACAAGAAAAAGUUGAAGAACUCCCAUGAAGCUCACAGAAACUUACUGCAUGAACUUGAGAUGAAAGAUGAGCACCCAGUUUAUGGUUUUGUGGAUAAUGACCCCAGCAACUAUGAGGGUGCACUUGCUCUUGCAAAUGGGGGUUCCCACAUGUACGCAUUCCGUGUUCAGCCGAACCAGCCCAACCUCCAUGGAAUGAGAUAUGGCUCCCAUGAUCUUCGCCUUGCUUGAUUUUCUGUAGCUUAAAGCCCUUACUAGCUGCAGACCUAUUACUUAUAUUCCUGCUCUCAUCAUGUGAUGUGGGGUGUGUAAUAACAGCUUAUGCUAUACCAGAAGUAAACUUUCUCUACCUACUAUUUGUUAUAAUUUCCUUGUGUUACCUGCUGUCUUCCUCAUGGUACUGGAGUGAUGAUGUUAAGUGUAAUGGAGUUGUUCAAAUCCUGACUGGAAAUUCUACUGGUCCAAUUGCAUGACUAUGUUCCAUA